AUGUAUGUCUUGAAACUGGUUCAAGCGGUCCUCGUGCCUCUGAGCGCAGUCGGUGCUGUUGCCCAGAAUAACGGCUCGUAUACACUCCGGGAGGUUGGCGCUAGGAACACAAUUGACUGGCGAGUCUGGCUGGAGGAGAAUGGGAAUCCCGUCUCGCCCUGGCACGAUGUGCCUUUGUACCCGGAUAACAAGCCCGGGCCGGUCAUUAACUUCGUGGUUGAGAUUCCCCGAUGGACCGACGGCAAGAUUGAAACGCAGCGCAACGAGCCUCUGAACCCUCUCUUCCACGAUACCUCAAAGAAGAAGCCCCGGUUUGUGGCUAGUUUCUGGCCGCACAAGACGUACCCCUUCUUGUAUGGGUCGAUUCCACAGACGUGGGAGAACAAGAAUGUCAAGGACAACUAUACCGGCCUUGUGGGAGACAAUGACCCAAUCGAUCUUUUUGACGUCAGCUCCAUUUCGCCAGGAUACACGGGUGAGGUCAAGCAGGUCAAAGUUCUGGGGGGGCUUGCCAUGAUUGACCUAAGGAGGACCAAAAAACAGGAUAACACGACGGACUGGAAGGUCAUUGCUAUUGACAUCAAAGAUCCUCUCGCCAGCCUCGUCAGCUCCGUUGAAGAACUGGACAAGUACCGACCCGGCCUCAGCAACUCCUUCCGUGACUGGUUUAUUGCAAUCGCUCGUGGUAAGGGUCUCAACCCCAUCGUCGGUAACAAAUACGUCGAUGCUGGCACCAUGAACGCCAAACUUGCCGAAAGUCACCAGCAUUGGAGCGAUCUUGUUCUCGGCAAGGAGGACCGCGGCAAGAUCAACAUCUGGCAGACUACGAACCCUCGUGCUUGCAAGACCUAUGUCAAGCCCGAGGAUGCGACCAAGAAGUUCGAGAUUCCGGCAAAGUCCAACGUUUUGCCGCCAGCAGCCAGGCCCGCGCCGUAUGACAGGUGGUAUUACGUUGAUGACAAGUUUAAUUUGAUUACAGUGCCGGGGGAUGUCAUUGAAGUUGAUUAA